UGUCCGACAUUUCUGGUAGGAUGCAUAGGUGUGGCGUUGAGGAUAUUCAGGAAAUUAUUAUUCCCCCGUUUGUAUUUCACGUUGCUUGCUGUCAUCUGGUUUGUGUGGCGCUCUGAAAACACGGCUCGAACCUCUAAGGACUGAUUCGUGGUCGUCCUACAGACACACCAAUGAAGAAAAAGCCUUGUAAUCCUGUGCGUCCCAAACGCCGCAGGCAGCCCAGUGCCAGCAGUGACUGUGGCACAGGGCUGGGCACUGUUCUGGGCUCGACCAGCGACCCACGAAACUCAGAAGCUCUCCCAGAAUCACCUUCACAAGUCAGGCACCUGGCCAUGUCGCAGCACAGUCACCACCUCCUCAAGUUCUUGAAUGAGGACCGGACCCGGCAGAGGUUCUGUGAUGUAUCUGUGUCUGUGGGAGGGAAGCUCUUCAGUGCCCACAAGGUGGUGUUGGCCCAUGGGAGCAGCUACUUCCACGCUGAGCUGUCCAAGAACCCAGCAACAGCACACGUGACUCUGGACCAUGUGGAGGAUGCGGUUUUCCAGCUCCUGCUUGGCUUUUUGUACACCUCUGAGUGCGUUGUCGCGGAGAUGGACCUGCCAGCUCUGACUGAAGCGGCCCGAUUUCUGGACAUGAUGGAUAUACUAAAGCUUCUGUGUGAAGAGGGGGACAACAACAACCUAGUACACGUGAUCCAGGUACAGGAUGAGAUAAGAGCGUCUCCUGAGGUGGAAAUGACCUCCAGCGACUCGCCAGCAGAUGACACAGACAUCCAGAGCCCAUCAGAUGUCCCGUGCACCAUGCAUAGUAGCCAGUUUAGUGCUGACAGCUCCCUGCAGAUCCCCUUCCCUGAGACUCACUCUGAUGUACAGCAGGACAUCUCAGCUGAGAAAGAGAAGACAGCUAGCCAGAGGCCUGCUACCACACGGAGAUCAGCUCGCAGGAGGAGAGCACCCACCAAGUAUCAGAAAGACGACGAGGAGUACACUGCUAACACUCCUGAGGAAAAACAGAGGACUGUUCCACCAAGAGCGCAAGAUAAAGUGGAAGAAACAGGAAAGGUGGUCGUGGAAAACCGAGUGCCAAAACUGAAUGUGAACCAGACGUCUAAACCUGCUCAGGGGGAGGGCACAGUGGAGGAGGAGGAGGAUGAGGAGGAAGAUGGAGGAGAUUUGAACGAGGACGCGGUUGCCCAGAGGAAAGUCGCUGAGGUCCGUGCAGCCGACAGAAGCACAGAUCAGCAGGGUUCUGAUGUAGGAGGGGCGGAGCACCAGGUGGUCUGCGAGGUGGAGGUGCAUGUGCCAGCCGCAGGAAGCUCCAGCCAGAGUCCAGUGUACCCUGAAGGUCUGGCUCCAGUCAUCAUCCAAACCGCCAGCAAGAAGACGCUCAAGUGUCCAAAAUGUGACAAGACCUUUGACCGCGCAGGGAAAUAUGAGAGUCACACCCGAGUGCACACGGGAGAGAAACCGUUCCAGUGUGACAUCUGUCUUCAGCGCUACUCCACCAAGUCCAAUUUGACCGUUCACAAGAAGAAGCACGCCAGCGACGCUCCCUUCCAGAAGAAGGAGCACAAAUGCCCCUUCUGUAGCAAACUCCAUGCAAGCAAGAAAACCCUGGCCAAGCAUGUCAGGAGGUUUCACCCAGACAACAUUCAAGAGUUUCUCACCAAGAGGAAGAAGAAGAGUGAGGGCUGGAAAUGUGCUAUUUGUCUGAAGACCUUCAGCCGCAGGCCUCACCUGCAGGAGCACAUGAUCCUGCACACCCAAGACCGGCCUUUUAAAUGCUCCUUCUGUGACGAAUACUUCAAGUCCAGGUUCGCCAGACUGAAGCACCAAGAAAAAUACCACUUAGGUCCGUUUCCCUGUGAGAUUUGUGGCCGACAGUUUAAUGACACAGGCAACAGGAAGAGGCACAUUGAGUGUACACACGGAGGCAAAAGAAAGUGGACCUGCUCCUUUUGUGGGAAAUCCGUCAGGGAGAGGACAACGUUAAGAGAGCACUUGAGGAUCCACAGUGGGGAGAAGCCUCACCUCUGUAGUAUCUGUGGCCAAAGUUUCCGUCAUGGCAGCUCCUACAGGCUCCACCUCCGAGUUCACCACGAUGACAAGCGCUACGAGUGCGACCAAUGUGGGAAAACCUUUAUACGCCACGAUCACCUGACCAAACAUCAGAAAAUACACUCUGGUGAGAAAGCACACCAAUGCGAAGAAUGCGGCAAGUGCUUCAGGCGCCACGAUCAUCUGACGGUCCACUACAAAAGCAUUCAUUUGGGAGAGAAAGUUUGGCAGAAGUAUAAAACUGCUGUGCAUCAGUGUGAGGUUUGCAAGAAAGAAUUUAAGGGAAAGUCCAGUCUAGAAAUGCACUUCAGGACCCACUCAGGUGAGAAGCCCCACAGAUGUACAGAGUGCAACCAGACGUUUCGAAUCAAGAAGACGUUGACAAAGCACAUGGUGAUUCACUCAGACGCCCGUCCUUUUAACUGCCCACACUGCAGCGCCACCUUUAAAAGAAAAGACAAGCUCAAGUACCACGUUGACCAUGUGCACAGCACCCGGUUUACCGAGCAGCCCCUCAGCACACUCAGUGAUGUCAAAGUCGUCACCAUCCCUUUUGAGGAACCCUCGAAGGCAUACCGCGCUGAACCCAAGUCAGCCCUCCAGAGCACCCCUGCUCCUACACAUGUCUGCGUGCCCGUCACUUUAGUUCCUGUCCAGAUGGCAGGAGGAGCUCAGGGCGACUUGAACGCCCACAGGGCCUCUUCUCUCUCCUCCCAAACUCACAGUGUCGUGAGCAUGCAGGCCGAAGGGCAGCAGCAGAACUCUGGCUACCAGGCCGCUACAGACCUGGCUUUCUUAGAGAAGUACACCCUCACGCCCCAGCCUGCUAACAUUGUCCACCCUGUGAGACCCGAUCAGAUGCUGGACCCCCGAGAGCAGUCCUACCUGGGCACGCUGCUGGGACUGGAUUCAGCUUCCUCUGUGCAGAACAUUUCUAAUUCUGAUCACACACACUGAUGCCCCUCAGCCAGAAAACUGGCCCUAACUGAAACAGUCUUUGAAUAAGAAAUACAGAAGCUGAACUUAAGAAAGAAGCUUAAACAACUGCAGUUUUGGCUCAGUUGCACCGUGGAGCAAUCUCUUCGAUGUUCAGCCUGAUUGCACAGAAAAUUCAACACCUUACUGUCACCAAUUUAUAUAUUUAUGUGACAUGUUCAAAGGAAAGAAAACUGUGGAUUUAAGGGCUAUCCACACUAAGAACAAUAACUGUAUCAACUAUAAUAUCGUUUUAAAAAUCGCCCUAACUCGAGCGGCUGGAGGAGACCACGAUAAAGACAGUGACAGUGGUGACAGAUAUCGUUUGGAUCAGAGCCAUUGGUGAAACACUUACAGCCAAUUAAAAAUACAUCUGAAUUUACAGAGCCAUCAGUUCCGUUGAAUUAAGGGACACAUUUUCUACAAAAUAAUCUUGCAGGAGUGAUCAUUAUAAUGUUAUAUUCCAGUUGAGCUGACCUCUUAUGUGUAAGCUAAAUGCAGGCAUUAAGGAAACACUUUUUAGAUGAUCUAUUCUACUCUUGGUUAUUUAUACAACUUAAAAACACUAAUUUUUAAUAUAAUAUUAGGCUGAAAAUGAACUGAGACAUACUGCCAAAUUGUCUUUGGUGUUGAUGGGGUCUCUGACAUUCAUUUUCUCCAUAGUGAUGUCUUCUCUGUUGACCGCCGGGAUAGUUGAUCAUGACUUAUUCAAAAGGAUGAAUAAAUCGGAUUCUCCCUAACUCCUCUUGAGUUUUGUGAAACAAGUGCUGUGUCUCAAUUCAGGGUCUGCAUCCUUCUGAGGCUGCAUUUGAAGGCCAAAUGCGUCACAACACCGCGUGAAGUCUGUCCCAAUCCAAAGGCUCCUUCAAAUGCGGCCCACAAAUGCAGCCUUCUUUUCCCUCUUUUUGGAGGAUGCAACGCUACUAUCCUUCAUGGCCUCACAUAUCCCAAGAUUCUUUGCAUGCCUGAAAAAAAAAGAAAGAAAGCGAGAAAAUGCGUGGCGUAGAUCGUCACUUUCACGAGCCUGGGCGGCAGAAUUUGUGACGUAAAGGGUAAAGGCGGGAACAUCUGACGCAGCCAGGAAAUGCUCCAAAGGCUAGACCGUCCCAUUUAACAAUGGCUGACACGGCCUUUGAAGGUCUCUCUGAAGGAUGCGCCUUUGAAGACUGCAAAGGCCAGGUCCUUCAAAGGAUGCUGACCCUGAAUUGAGACACAGCAAAUAUCCUUCUGGUUCUGUUUGUCUGUACAACUUUCAGCAUUAACGGGUCACACCUAUAUCCAUUGUAAUAAGCUGCCGACACAGCUGGAGUGUGCGGUGCAGGCUUGGUGCCAGCGUACAGAACUCUGUGAUAGCUCCCGGUGUAGACAGCCCUUAAAACACAUUUUUUUCCCCUGUUGUAACUUAAAGCAAGGCCCUGACCAACAUCUCCCCAACUCUACAAGAACUGACAAAGACGUGUGUGGGGACAUUUUAUACUAAUAAAAAUUAGAUGAUGUUUUUUUUUAAUGUUA